UGCUUUGGUGGCCGGGGAAGGUCCUCGGGACGCCUGAUUUGAAUGAACGAGCAUAAGCUUUCGACGGCGCGUGAGGUGGAAUAUGACGGCUAUCUCGGUGGAUGACGAUUUGGCUUGACGUGAAUUGUGUAAUGUACGUUUACCGGUAGAUGGAAGGAAGAGGAGAUCGAAUGAGGUGGGAUUAGCAGUGACUGAAGCCGUGGUGGAUGAAAUUGAAGAAGUAGCCAUUAGCAUACUAGUUGUUUGACAAAAGGGCUGAAAAGAAAGAAGGAAAAAAGAAGUACGCACGACAGUUAGUCUUUAGAGCUAUGAUACCAUGAACAUUAUAUUUUAUGAUUUUGGUUUUCCUCCUAUCCCUUACUAAUCUUCAGGGAUCAUAUGUUUAUACAGACUUUACAAAAGCUAAAGGUUACAAAAGUUAAACUAAGGUUUAAAUGCUUUAAUUACAGACGUUACAAGCUUUACAAACAUAACACCACUCUUUAAUGACUAAGACUUAUGGUUAUUCAAUACAAACGUUACUUGAGCAUUAUCUUGUAAUUAAGUUAAAAAAAAGGCUGUCGGAUAAGGUUGCCUUCUUAAUAUGCUCAAUGUGUCAUAUAUUCCAUGUGAGGUUCCAUAAUUCAUUCACUGCCACUUGUUACCCAUGCAUUAUUUCCGACAAGAAGAUGCGUUGUGCCGCCAGGCUUUCAGUGUUUGUAUGAUAAAUCUGUGGAUCAGUCGAUGAAUAUGAUAUGACAUACAAAUAGGUCACGAGGAUUCUAGUUUCUAGAAGGAAAUUUUUGGAUUUCUCUAGAGUUCAAUGCAUGCUGCACGCUGCCCUCUCGUUAAAUUUUCCUUCUAGAAUCAAGAAUCCUCGUGUCGUGGCCUAUUUAUACGUCACAUUCAUCUCAACAGAUUUGUCAUACAAACACUGAAAAAUCUAGCCAAGCCUUGUCAUCGUCGUCAUCAUCAUCAUCUUCUUCUUUUGGUUUUCCGGGUGUGAUGGGUAACGAAAAUCCUCAGCUUCACGUACUCUUCUUCCCUUUAAUGGCCCAUGGACACAUGAUACCAAUGGUAGACAUGGCCAAGCUAUUCGCAGCGCGAGGUGUGAAGGCAACCAUAGUCACCACCCCUCUCAACGCGCCUUUCAUCUCCAAAACGAUUGAAAGAAUCAAAACUCGAGGCGGCGGCGGUGGCGCCAAGGUUGAUAUCCAAAUGAUCAAGUUCCCGGUUGAGAAGGCCGGCCUGCCAGAAGGAUGCGAGAACUUCGAAUUGCUGCCUUCCCGUGGAAUGUUGAGCAGUUUCCUCAAAGCCCUUGCAGUGCUUCAAGAACCAUUCGAGCAGCUACUCCAUGACAUUGACUACCAUGCUGAUUGCCUCGUUGCUGACAUGUUCUAUCCAUGGGCAACCGAUGCUGCCGCUAAAUUUGGUAUCCCAAGGCUUGUUUUCAAUGGAACCAGUUUUUUCUCCCCGACUGCGGUGGAGAGUAUGAUGCAAUAUGAACCUCACAAGAAGGUUUUAUCUGACUCCGAACCUUUUCUCAUUCCUAAUUUCCCUGGAGAGAUAAAGUUGACGAGUAUGCAAGUACCGAGCUUCAUUCGGGAAGAGGUUGAAACUGACAUGACCAAUGUGUUGAAAAAAGCUGCAGAAGCAGGCAUGAGGAGCUAUGGGAUUGUUGUAAACAGCUUCUAUGAGCUGGAGCCGGCUUAUGCAGAUCAUUACAGAAACGUUUUGGGAAAGAAGGCAUGGCAUAUAGGGCCGGUUUCAGUGUGCAACAAGGAAGCUCAAGAUAAAGCUCAGAGGGGGAAACAAUCCUCUGUUGAUGAACAUGAAUGCCUGAAGUGGCUUAAUGCAAAGAAACCCAAUUCAGUUGUUUAUGUAUGUUUUGGAAGUUUGGCUUACUUCAAUGAUUCUCAGCUGAUGGAGAUUGCAAUGGGUCUUGAGGCUUCUGGGCAGCAAUUCAUUUGGGUUGUGAGGAAAGAAAAGAAUGGUGGAGGAAAAGAAGAGUGGCUGCCUCAAGGAUUUGAGAAGAGAAUGGAAGGUAAGGGUCUAAUUAUAAGAGGUUGGGCGCCCCAAGUUUUGAUUCUUGAUCAUGAAGCAGUUGGAGGAUUUGUGACUCACUGCGGCUGGAAUUCAACGUUGGAAGGAGUCACUGCAGGGGUUCCCAUGAUCACAUGGCCUGUGUUCGCUGAGCAGUUUUUUAAUGAGAAGUUGGUGACUCAGGUACUGAAAAUUGGAGUUGAAGUUGGGGUUGAGCGAUGGGUUGAUGGAGAUGAUGAAGUGGGGGAAGAAAAUAUAAAGAAGGAAGCAGUAGAGAAGGCAAUGAAGCGAAUUAUGGUGGGUGAAGAAGCAGAGGAAAUGAGAAGCCGAGCCAAGGCACUCGGAGAGAUGGCAAGGAGGGCUGUGGAAGAAGACGGAUCAUCUUACUCUGAUUUGAAUUCUUUGAUUGGAGAAUUAAAGUCACGUUGCCCUUGAGAUGCAAGCAAAUUAACGAUGAUAUGCCUUCUAUUUUAAUUAUCCUUUACAAGAGUUUAUCCUUGUUGGUGUUUGACUGUUUGUUAGUUGUGUUUGCUUGUUAUUCAAUCCUCAUUUGGUAGAUAUUGUCCUAAGAUAUUGGGAUUAAUAUUCCAUUUUAAUUUCUGAGCUAUUUGGCUAA